GGUGUGACAGCAUUUCCUGAUUGGGCCUAACUUUUCACUUGGUUUUCUUGGGAUUCUGGACCCUGAGGCGGCUUCUGUGUACCUAUCUUUUUCCAGAUCUCUCUUUCCCUUUUAAUCCUUUUCCUCUCCCGUUACUCCUUGCCUCGUCAAGCUUCAUUGUCAACGAACAUGAUGAGAAGCAACGACGACAACACCAUCUUCAGAAGCUAACAAAUAAAGCCGACGGACAAUACUACGCUGUAUAAGAGUACGCUACCACGCUCUAGUCAACCCCUGUCGCGGUCGAAACAUCUCAGGUCGCCUCACACAACCCCCUCGUCAAAGCGUCUCUAACGGUUUUCGUCUCAACUUCUCUCCACCAACUGUCGCAAAGACGUUAUCCGUCUGGCGGGAAUCUGACACACCUAUACUGGAGUGUGAACACCGACUAUACGGUUGACACCUAGGUAGCCGGUACCAUUCAGCAGAACCAAAAGCUGCUUUAACUGCGAGUCCCGCAAGGAAACUCGGGUUGUUCUAUUGCCGUGUUCCCGGUCUGACCAUUAACCCCGGACAAUAACAUCACCACUACAACCAUCAACGGUCAUUGAUCGACGGGAUUCCUGUGGGUAGCCGACAAGCAUCCUACUCACUCCAGUCUUGGAUCCAUCAACCAUCCUCCUCCCUCUUGAGGUUGGCUUCCCCGCGUAUACUUCUUGUCGUGGUUCCUACCAUCUCUCCUUCUCUUCCUCGCCUUGUGAGGUAACACGGACUCUCUUUUCUCUUGAGCCUUACAGUUACUUCACCCUUCCAUUCUCUUUAGCUGCUGGCUCAGACCACUCUUUACUUUUUAUUCUUACAUUAGUGUGUGUGUUUUUGGGUUCAUUUGUGCUUCAUCUUUACCGACCUGAUUCACCGACACGAAUAUCGAUAUCAGAUUGUUCAGGAAGGCGAAUCACUUUUUGGAUAUCAGAGUGUCGGCAAAGGGAGUCUUGCGGUCUCUACAUCAACCAGCUACCACGGCUUCGAUACCCUCGAGCCUUUCACCGAGUGUUGGCGAGUCGCAGGUCGACAUUCAUCAACUUCCGAAAGUCAUUUGUGUUAUUGAGGGCGGAUUGAGCGGAGGGGGGAUCUAGCGGUCGCCAACAUGAGUCUCCUCGUACUGCUGAAGAAGCAGCUUACGCCAACUAAGCUGCUUUUCCAUGUUCUCUUCUGGACAUUUCACUGGGGAAUCUUUGCUUAUGGAUGGUGGAAGCAAGCAUCUGAUGCCCGCCUAGCGGGUCUUAACAAAUUACAGUACUCAGUCUGGUUCUCUCGAGGUGCCGGUCUAGUGUUGAGUGUAGAUGCCAUGCUCAUCUUGUUGCCAGUCUGCAGAACGAUCAUGAGGUUCAUCCGACCCAAGAUUAGAUUCAUCCCACUUGAUGAGAAUAUCUGGAUGCAUAGACAGCUUGCUUACGCUAUGCUUCUCUUUACCGUCAUCCACACCGCAUCUCAUUACGUCAACUUCUACAACGUUGAAAAGACACAGAUCCGACCCGUAUCGGCAGUCCAGAUUCACUACGCCCAGCCUGGCGGUAUCACCGGCCAUGUCAUGCUCCUUUGUAUGCUUCUGAUGUACACGACAGCCCACCACCGCAUCAGACAGCAAUCCUUCGAGACCUUUUGGUACACUCACCACCUCUUCAUCCCCUUCUUCCUCGCCCUGUACACCCACACAGUUGGCUGCUUCGUCCGCGACACUGCCAGCAGCUUCUCGCCCUUUGACGGUAAGCAGUACUGGGAGCACUGCAUCGGCUACCUCGGCUGGCGCUGGGAGCUUUGGACAGGCGGCUUUUACCUCCUCGAGCGCCUGUAUCGCGAAAUCCGUGCUAUUCGUGAAACCAAGAUUACCCGUGUGGUCCGCCACCCUUACGAUGUUGUCGAGAUCCAGUUUCACAAGCCCUCAUUCAAGUACAAGGCCGGCCAGUGGCUCUUUUUGCAGAUGCCCCAAGUCUCCAAGUACCAAUGGCACCCCUUCACCAUCACGUCGUGCCCGUACGAUCCUUAUGUCUCCGUGCAUAUCCGCCAAGUCGGUGACUUCACCAGGGAACUCGCCAAUUCCAUCGGCGCCGGCCCCGCCCAAGCUAAGCUCUACGACGGCGUCGACCCCAAUGGCAUGUACGAGGUCGCCCUUAUGAACGGCGACCACCUUCCCCCUCUCCGCAUCGACGGACCCUAUGGUGCGCCCGCCGAAGACGUCUUUGAGAACGAGAUCGCCGUGCUGAUCGGUACGGGUAUUGGCGUCACCCCCUGGGCCUCCAUCCUCAAGAACAUCUGGCAUCUGCGCAACGGGCCAAACCCGCCUACCCGUCUGCGCCGUGUCGAGUUCAUCUGGGUGUGCAAAGAUACCUCUUCGUUCGAGUGGUUCCAGAUUUUGCUGAGUUCGCUGGAGCAGCAGUCGAGCGAGGCGGCCCGGAUCCCCGGAUCAAGCGGAAUAGAGUUCCUCAAGAUUCAUACGUACCUCACGCAGAAGCUGGACAUGGAUACCACGCAGAAUAUCGUGCUGAAUAGUGUCGGUGCCGAAGUGGAUCCCCUGACGGAGCUCAAGGCGAGGACGAAUUUUGGUCGGCCCAACUUCCAAAGGUUCUUUGAGAGCAUGCGGAAUGGUAUUUUGGAUCGGACGUAUUUGAAUGGGUUGGAGGGCAAUAUGCGGACGACGGUCGGAGUGUAUUUCUGCGGGCCUAGUGCUGCUGCCCGUGAUAUCCAAAAGGCGGCCAAGACGGCGACGACUCGUGAGGUCAAUUUUAGGUUCUGGAAGGAACACUUUUAAGUUAUUCUUUUUGACUUUAUACACAUAUACCGUACACGUGUACAUGUAUACACUUCUUGGACUGAUACCUACAGUUUCCCUUUUGGCUGCUGUCAUGUCAUUACCGUGGAGUGUUGGGAUACCUCUGGCAUAGCAUUGAUCAUCAUCAUCAUCCAUUUUCCAUUCAUACAUCAGUGAAGUUUGCUAGUCAGAGGGGAGUGUAGUGCGAACGAAGGCAUGAAUUGGUGAUUAAUCGCGAAUAACGUUAGUUGUGACUUCUUCCCAGUCAACUUGUGGUACCUCGUCAUUGCGGUAGAGGUAUCCAAAACUGAGAAAUCCUCCGACGUCUCGUGAAGUGGCGAGCUAAGCACGCAAACAGUCAGUCACAGUCCAGAUUGAAUCUGAUGAAACAUAAUGUUAGACUCCAAAGCAUAGAAACUCUUCAGUUCAUUUUGAUGAUUAACCUUCGAACCUUU